AUGUCAUUUCUAAGAAACAAAAGUUAACCAAGGCUAGCCUCUUUGAGCAAAAUUAAUCCUUAAAUGCAGGCGUUAAAUUAGUUAAAAAAAUACAGAAUGUUGAGUAUGGAUAAUUCCCCUAUUAAUAGUUAUAACAAGAUUGAUUAACCAGGGUUUCUUCCUUCGAUUCUACCUACAAAUAAUACUCUACCAUUAUCUACAAAAAGUAAAAAAUCAUCAGUUGACAAUUCUAUUUUUACAAAUAAUUCUAUAAUCCAUAGCGAAAGCUAUGCUAGAAAAUUAAAGAAAAAAAGCUUAAGUACUCAAAAUAUCCAUGAUUAGUUCCAAUAUCUCAAUAAUAGCUAAUUGAGUAAUCAACAACAAAAUGCUAAAAAUAAACAAAGUGUAUAGUUGCUAAAAAAUAAAAAUUAUUCAUAGAUAAAUAUUAGUAAUGCUAGUACUCUAAACGUAUCGUAGAAUAAUAGUAAGCAGGAUUUUAGUAUUAUGUUGAAUGAAUAUCAAAAUUCAAAAUUGACUAAGAAUGCGAUAAACAACUCCUACCUUUCAUCUAGUAUAGCUAAAUCUCUUAAUUCAUCAAGACUUUAUGCUAAUAAUAGCAAAAUGGUAACUGAACAAAAGAUUAUUAAUUUUGAAAGUGAGCUCCAAAAAAUGAUAAACAUGUAUAACAAUAACUAAACUCACUAGCAUACUGAAUCGGAUAAUCGAGCAAAAGCUAAAGAUGACUCAUUAGUCUUCGAAGAAGAUAGCAUUUUUGCUAAUUAAAUUCAAACGGAUUCUAUAAAUGAUAAAGAAAUAGCUUCAAGGACAGCUAUUUAAAGAAGAGAUAAACUAGAUUUUUAGAAACAAUAAACACGCCUCAGAUAAAUGGAUGCACUCCAUUUAGAAUAUAAAAUGUUGUUAUCUGAGAUUCAAGGAGAUAUUAAGAAAGAUAAUUUAUUCAACAUAAUGAAUUCAAUCAUAGAAUUAAGUGAGAAAUCAUUUGGAAAUUCUGAAUUUCUAAUUAAAAAUUAUUGUCUGUAUGCUGAUAUUUGUAGAGACAUUGGAGAUUUUAAUAAAUCUGUGUAACUUCUUCACCAUGCUAGGCUUAUAAGCACAAUCACUUCAAAAUAUUAAAUUAAAUUGCAGCUAUAUAAAAAAGUUUCAGAAAUCCUUUCUUAGUCAGGCUAGAACGAAAAAGCUCUUGUCUAUCUCAAAAAAAUGUUGAGACUUUCAUGGAAAUUAAAAAAUGAUGAUGUUGAAAUAGAGGCUUAUGACUUAAUUGGAAAGGUACUCAUGUUAUUGGGUGAAGUUGAUCUUGCCGAUUUUUUCCAUCAAAAAAGUAUGAAUAACGAUAAAGAAUUAGCUGAUUCACCACUGAGAAUAGCAGGGGAAAUUGGAGUAAAAGUUAGAAUUGCAAAUUAAUAAAUUAACGACAACUAAACCUAUAAAAGUGAUAGUGAUGACGAUUUAGAUUUAUAAUCUUUCCCUAAAUCAAAGCAAGAUGAACAUGCUAUGAGAAGCGAAAUACUGAAGCAACAAAAAAAACAAUAAUAUUUCUCUCUACCUAAAAUAGUGACUAACUAUGGAAAACGUUAUUAGUCUAUUGGAAGAGUUAAUUUACCAUCUUAUAUUAGAGAAGAGUUAGAAAUCAAAGUUUCCUAACGCCUUAGUCACAUGAGCCAAAACAGAGAUUUAAAAAAUUUCUAUGUUUAUACCUAUAAAAACUAAAACUUCUGGAUCAAAGAUGGCGACUUUAAUUAACAGUAAAGAUUUUAUGUGCUAAAGAAAAAUUAUAACAAACACAGAUCAACUGUUAGCAAAAUAGUAAAAGAACUAAUUGCCUAAUAAUUUAAAAACAUGUAAGAAGUAAAGUAGAUUUUAGAAACAGACAACAUCAAAAUACUAAAUCCUGAUAUUUUAUAAUGA